AUGCCACCAAAGUCCGAAAAUCCCUUGACCGACAACGAAAAGUUCUUCGCUGCAGUCUUUAGUCAACUACUCUCGGAUGUCAGCAAACUUCCCAAGUUGAACAAUGCCAAGCUCGCUGAAGAUCUAGCUCUUCCAACCCCUGAUGCUGCCCGCGUUCGUUGGGCUCGCAUUGUAGCAAAGAUCAGAGAUGGAAAUUUCGGAGACUUAAAGAUCGGUAGUGCUGGUAACGCCCAGAAGCGAAGCAAGGAAGAGACUGGUAUCGAAGAUAGAGUUGAGGGAUUGAAUGACGUCGUUUCUCCUACUAAGAAACAGAAGACUCGUGCCCCUCGCAAGAAGGCUGGUGACGCUGGUGGAAAGGCGGAGAAGGAGAUCAAAGAGGAAAAAUUCAUGAACGAAGGAGAAGGCUCUGGAUUUGAAGUCUUUGAAGACUCUGAUUUGAUCCAUUCCCACAUCUACAACACAGCAACAAGUAGCGCUAUGACACGCAGCGACAAUAUCAAGCUUCUUAUCGCGGUAUUCAAGCAAUGGCAAUCUGCUCGUAUAGAUACAAUAAAGCUAGGUGAAGAUCUCGGUAUCAAUCCUGGAGCUGCAGGUACGCGUUUGUUUCGACUCAAAGCGAGGCUCCGUACUGGAGAUGCGCCAACACACGCUGAUAAAGCACUUCUUAUCGCCAUCAUCAGUCAGGAAAGACGUUUGCCUAGGCUCGACUACACGCUACUUGGUGCAGAUCUCAAAAUCAACCCUGGAGCUGCAGCCAUGCGUUGGUGGAGGUAUAAGAUACGUUUGGAGGAGGAUACUAGAGCAGCCGAACAGCAAGAGAGUGAGAGAAGGCAUCCACGCAACGACCCAGCGGAAAACUUAAUUGCUUCGGAAAAAAGGUCAAGUAGCAAAGAGUCAGGGGUCUUUGGAUGGCCGUACAAUGAAAAGGGCUGGCCGGACGUGGCUUGGGAGGCUUGA